AUGACUAGCAGCGUGGAGCAGAUAGUCAAAAACCUUAAGUGGUGGAAGAGGCGCUCGGUAGUGGAACGUGGCCUUACGUUAACGUUUACCAUAGGUUUCAUGUUAGUCGUCAAUAAUGUUGAGAAUUGUGAGGCUCUUCACAUCGUCAAAUUAGCUGACGAGGAAACGCUACCUCACACAACCGCAAUCCUGAAGGAAACUACUAGAAAAAAGAUGUCGCAUGUACACCAUAAAAGGCCUUGGAAAAAACCAGAGAUUUGCUACUCACCUGAAUGUGUGCACACAGCUUCAUCAGUAUUGAAGAACAUGGAUCCAACGAUUCAUCCGUGCGACGAUUUUUACAAAUUCGCUUGUGGAGGUUUUCUCAAGAACACAAUGAUACCGGACGACAAAACAGAGGUUCAUUUUGCUAGCAUUAUUAUCGACAAGCUACAACAACAGCUCAGAGCCAGUGUCGAGGAGGAGAGCAAACCUGACGACCCAAGGCCAUUCAAACUCCUCAAGACUUACUACCAAAACUGCAUGAACAAGACCCAUAUCGAAGAAGAAGGUAUGGAUCCAUUGCACCGAAAUCUGAAGGAAUUGGGUGGUUGGCCAGUUCUGAUGAUAAAUUCUUGGGUCGAAGGCAACUGGAGCUGGAAGGAUACCACCUAUAAACUACGCAAUAAGGGCUACUCGAUUAAUUAUUUCAUCAACAUUCGCAUCGAUUCCGAUUACAAAAACAGUUCAAAGAACAUCAUCUAUUUGGAUCAAGCAACGCUGGGUGUGUCACGCGAGUACCUGUCACGUGGCUUAAGAGAUAAAAUCGUAAAAGCUUACUUCAAUUACAUGGUCGACAUUGCCCAAAUCCUCGGAGCCGAUCGAGACUACGCCGCUGAGCAACUCAAGGAGUCACUGGAGUUUGAAAUCAAACUCGCCAACAUCUCACUUCCGAGUGAGAAACGGCGCAACAUCACGGCUCUGUACAACCCAAUGACCAUAGCCGAGUUAUCAAAAAAAUUUCCGUCCAUACCUUGGAUGGAGUACUUCAACACCAUAUUGGCACCAACAACUAGCGUCACGGAGGAUGAGGUUGUCGUCGUCAAUGUGCCAACUUUCAUCACAGAACUCGAAAAAUUGCUUAUGAAAACGCCCAAACGAGUACUGGCGAACUACUUAAUGUGGCGCGUUGCUGGAAGUUCUGUCAGCUACCUGAACGACGAGAUGAGGAAGCGGCAGUUUGAAUUCUUCAAGACUUAUGAAGGAAAAACCGAACAUGAGCCACGUUGGAAGGUGUGCGUACAUUCAGUAAGCACUCGUUUUUCCACAAGCGUGGGUGCACUUUACGUGAGGAAGUACUUCAAUGGAAACGCAAAAAAGAGUGUUGUUCACAUGGUCUCAGACAUCAGGACCCAGAUCAUCAGAAUUCUACGCAGGAUCGACUGGAUGGACAACAAAACGAGAGAGGCUGCCCUGGACAAGGCCAAAUCCAUGACAACCCACAUAGCGUAUCCGGACGAGCUGCUCGACGACAAGAAGCUCGAGAAAUUCUACGAAAAGCUGGAGAUCUCAUCGGGAAGUUACCUCCAGAAUAUCCUUAAUUUGACACGAUUCAGUGAAAUGAACACUUUUGAGACACUAAGAAAAACAGUCAACAAGAGUAGCUGGAUCGAUCACAGCAGAUCUGCCAUUGUCAACGCGUUUUACAGUCCCACCAAGAAUAGUAUGCAAAAUCUAAACGGAAUGAAAACCCAAGGCGAAAACAUCGCAGACAACGGAGGCAUCAAAUUGGCCUAUCUAGCCUAUAAGAAGUGGGUGAGACGAAAUGGUCCCGAAGCUCAUCUUCCGGGUCUUAAUUACACUGGCCGACAGAUGUUCUGGUUGAGCGCGGCCAACACUUGGUGCAGUAAAUUCCGGCCUGAGAAGCUCAAACUGCGUAUCACCACUAGAGUACACAGUCCCCCCGAGUUUCGGGUCCUCGGACCCAUGUCCAAUAUGCCCGAGUUUUCCAAAGAUUUUAACUGUCCGCUGGGCACAAAAAUGAAUCCCAAGGAUAAGUGCGCUGUGUGGUGA